GCGGAUUACCGGCAGUCAUUGCGACACGAUCACUCUAUCGUGAUAUGCGGGGCGCCGCGUCGCGCGUCGUCACCGCCGCCGCCGCCGCCGUCGUCAUCGCCGUCACCGUCGCCGUUACCGUCGCCGUCGCGGAUCACAAUUGAACGCGCUGCACGCAAGCUUGGAGCAACGCCGUGCGAGGAUGCCGGUGAAGGUCGACGUGGUUCCACCGCCACCCGCGAACUCGAAGCAGCCGGGUGUCACCAAGUCCCUGCUUUACAACGGCUCGCGCUUCCAAGGCUCGCAAAAGUCCAAGGGCAACAGCUACGACGUGGAGGUGGUUUUGCAGCAUGUGGACGAGGAAAACAGUUAUCUCUGUGGAUACCUGAAGAUCAAAGGUCUUACGGAAGAGUUUCCAACAUUGACAACAUUCUUUGACGGCGAAAUCAUCUCGAAAAAAUAUCCCUUUUUGACUCGCAAAUGGGAUGCUGAUGAGGAUGUUGACAAGAAACACUGGAGUAAAUUUGAGUCGUUCUGCCAAUACGCCAAAACAUUCAAUUCCGAUACAUUUGAUUACGAGGCACUGAAAGGAACAGAUUUUGUAUUUAUGAGGUGGAAGGAGCACUUCCUGGUACCUGAUCAUACGAUCAAAGAUAUCAAUGGUGCCUCCUUUGCAGGAUUUUACUAUAUUUGCUUCCAGAAAUCCGCCGCCACGAUAGAAGGCUUUUAUUAUCAUCGUAGUUCCGAAUGGUAUCAAUCCUUGAAUCUGAGACAUGUUCCAGAGCACAGUAUACAAAUUUACGAGUUCAGGUGAAGUCGAUACCUUUGCUGAGAAAUUUCACGAUAUUCGCGUCUUUUCUUUUCUAGCAUACAGAUCUCAUAAAAAUUUCGUCCUAUAAAUCUUAUUAGUAUAAUGAGUCUGUUUAUUAUUCGUGACACACCCCACAAUUCUGGGGAAGAUUUACAAUGAAAAGUAUUCGGGAUAUCCUCUAUGUUAAAAAUCGUUCAGAUUAUGAGAAUUGGAGUGCCUAUUUAGUGAGUGAUCGACUGCGGAAUAAUUAAUUUAACAUGAUUGAUUGUAAAACGAUUUUUA